AUGGCAAGUUCAACAAUCAAAGAUUCAGUGCCUAGCGAAAUAAAACAACAUAUUAAACCGGAGAGUCUCAAGCGAGAAUUUGAUAUUAAUAUUUCACGAACUCAAACCACAAUUCAUGUUCUUCAAUGGAAUGUUCUUGCUCAGGCUCUCUCAUAUACCAAGGGCAAUUUCGUACGUGUUAGUGAUGAUGUAGUUGAUUUUGAUAGCCGUAAAUGGCGCAUCCUUGAACAAAUUAUUAUUCGUCAACCUGAUCUAUGUGCAUUGCAAGAAAUGGAUAUGUUUGAUUGCUUUUUAAAAAACGAAUUACCAAAAUAUGGUUAUACAUGUUAUUUUGUGCCUAAACCUAAUUCGAGGUGUGAUUUAUUCAAAGAUGAUACCAAAAAUUACAAGGGCCCUGAUGGUACACUUCUAUGUUAUAAAACUGAGGCAUUCGAGGAACGUAGUAAGCGUCAAGAACAGUUGCCAGACGAUGGUCGACACGCAAAACAGAUUUUUGCCGUACUUGAUCUGAAACAUAAGAAUUUAGGGAAUGAAAUUCUUUUUAUUGGAACUCAUUUUAAAUCUAAAAAAGAAUGUAAACCAUCACGAACGCAUCAGGCCGAAGUAGUCGUUGCAUUCAUACGAAAGAAUUAUCCAACACGAAAACAUGUGAUUAUAGCUGGUGAUUUUAAUGGAGAUGCUGAUGAACCUUGUUAUUCUGAAUUUUUAAAUCUUGGUUUACGGAGUGCUUAUAGAACAAAGAUGAAUGAUAAGGAGCCAGAAUUUACUACUUGGAAAUUUAAAGGACGUGAUGGAACCGAAAGUGAACAAUGUAAAGCGAUAGAUUAUAUUUUUUAUAAUCCACAAGGAUUUACACCUCAGGCUAUUUUACAAUUUCCAAAAAAAGCUGAUAUUGGACCAAAUGCACUGCCAUCAAUUCAUUAUCCAUCAGAUCACCUGGCGCUUGAAGUUAUGUUUAACAUUGAACAAUAA